UGGAGGCAGAGGAGGAAGCAGCGAUUUGUUGUGGUUGCUCAUGUUGUUCAUUAACAUGUUGAGAUGUUUGAGAGCCGGGACCUGCUAGACGGGAUGCUGCUGCUGCUGCUGCUGCUGUCACGCAGGCAGCGAUGAGAAUCAGAGAUGGCUGAGAAGAGGAAGAGGCUCCCAUCUUCCUCACCUGAGGGGGACAGUAUGAGCCACUGGGAGAUUCCCUCCUCGGAUCCACCCGCUGAACAUGAACACCCCUAUGCAUCUCUGCUCUGUUGCCACAGUAUCCAGGACUCUCUACUAAGCUCCAACAGCAACUUCACAGGAUACAGAGGCAUCCUCAACUGGAUAAUCAUCUUCCUCGUCCUGACUCAUGCUCACCUGUUCUUAGAGAAUUUCAUUCAGCAUGGCUUUUUAAUAGAUGUCAACAAGGUCGUGGGUCAUCUGAUAGAGGACAACUGCAACUGGCCGUCUGCCAUCCUCAUACUGACCACCAACAUAUUUCCCCUGGUUGCUUUGUACUUGGAGAGGACUCAGGAAAAGGGAUUGCUGUCCCCCGCCAGCAGCCAUCGUUUACAUCUCUUAAAUCUGGGGUUCCUUCUGCUGUUUCCUGCUGCAGUCAUCCUACGCGAACCUAAAAUAUCAACAGGUGGAGCGUUUUUCUUCCUGUGGUUCUACACUGUUCUUGGGUUGAAGCUUUACUCCUACCAAGAAACCAACCGCUGGUACCGUCUGGCUUAUUUAGAGAACAGCUGUAAUGGAUGUGGUGCACAAGGAGUCUACAAGGAGCAUUUGACGCUGCAAGAUCUGUAUUAUUUCCUCCUCGCCCCCACCCUGUGCUACCAAAGAGACUUCCCGUGUACUCCCAAGGUGCGCAUCAAUAAGUUGCUGCACCGGCUGCUGGAAAUGGUAGUUGUUAUCCAGAUCAUGGUGGGCAUUGUGCAGCAGUGGAUUGAGCCAAUCUUUCAGACGUCAGAAAUCUCCUUAUUUACGAUGGACAUCACCGUGAGACUGGAGCACCUUGUCCGCCUGGUGGCACCGACCCAUUUCCUCUGGAUACUCUUCUUCUUUUUAAGUCACUCCUACCUCAGUUUCUGGGCAGAACUGCUGCGCUUCGGGGAUCAGCAUUUUUAUGGAGACUGGUGGAAUGCUACAAACUUGAUCACUUUCUGGAAGAAUUGGAAUAUUCCCUUUCAGAAAUGGAGUCGCAGGCAUGUAUACACAAAGCUGGUGGACCACAACGUUCCCCCCUCGCAGGCGGAGCUGCUGGUCUUCCUGAUGUCUGCUGCUCUCUGUGAGUAUCUGAUUGCUCUGCCCUUGCACAGCUGUCGUCUCUGGAUCUUUCUUAUGAUGGUUUUAGAGCUCUUGGUUGCAGUAUUCUUCAGCUACUAUUUCCAGGGAAACUAUGGAAAUGGUUUAGUGUGGCUCUGCCUGCUGCUGGGCCCCCCUCUGGCUGUGACAACCUACUUUCACGACAAAUACACUGGUUCUUAUCGUCCGUCCUCCUUACCACAGACAUCACACCACAAAGUUUUCCGGCAGCUAGACUGAAAAUUGGAAAACAUCCUGAGAGAAUUUCGACUGUACAAUAUUUAUAAGUAACCUGAUAAAUCCCACUUGUAAUGCAAAGCUUGUAGAGUAUUAUAAUCCAUGGCCGCUAUUACUUCAUUAAUACAUUUUACAACAUAAGACAUAUUAAUGUACCUGUUCACGUAUACAUUUCAGAAUCUUAGGCAUCUGUACUUGACAUUCAGCUAAGGACCCAUUGCUCUGAUCUUUGCUUCCAUGAUAAUGUUAUUAGGCCUCACUGAAAACAGGUUUAGUGCUAGGAGACUGUAAGUGAUGAUUUUAGGUAAAAAGAUACCUGUCAAGUAAAGUCUGAGGGAAAGUUUUGAAAUGCAAAAGACUCUUCCAUAUUCCUGUCUAUUUAUGUAUGUGUUUAUUAGAAGCCUUUACAGAAAAAAAUUACUUUCACAUAUUUUCUACAUGUAAUUGCCUUUGGAGAAGUGUGAUCAUAUGUGGAAAAUAUGUAACCACAUGUUAUAACGUGGUUACAUGUGAUUAACAUGUUAUCACAAGUUAUAGCACAUGAGAUUGAUAUGAAAAAUAUUUCCACAUGUUGGAACAUGAUAAUAUGUUACUGUUUAUUCCAAAUGUGCCUGAGCCGUUUUAAUUUUAACUUUUGCACAUUAAUUUCCCUUGUUUCAUUUUCAUGAUUUAUCUGACAUGUAAUCACAAAGUGUCAAGGAAGGGAUGAAAGUCCUUAUCCCCUCACCUCCCCAUGGGGGUCCCCCAAGACUCUGUGCUUGGGCCCCUUUUUCUUCACAGUAUACACCAUCUAUCUGGGGCAGAUUAGCUGCUCACAAAACUUCUCAUAUCACUGCUAUGCAGACGAUACACAACUAUACCUGUCAUUCCUGCCAGAUGACCCCACAGUCUUGGCACAAAUGUCAUGUUUUCUUUCCGGCCUAUGUGCAUGGAUGAAAGAACAUCAUCUUCAACUUAACUGUCUAAGACUGAUGUCCUGGUUAUCCCUGCCCAUCAGUCUGUAAACCACUCUAUAAACCAAAAUAUCGCCUCCACUGCUAUUGCUUCCACCAAGGUUGCAAAAAACCUUGAUAUAAUGAUUGAUGACCAAUUAUUGUUCUUCACCAUAUUGCCUGUCUCCUGUUCAUGCUACUUCUUUCUUUACAACAUAAAAAAAAUAGGCAUAACUGGACUCAAUACUCUUGGCACAGGCCAUGGUUAUAUCCCACCCCAACAACUGCAAUGUCCUCCCAGCUGGCCUACCACUUACUUGAUAAACCUCUACAAAACAUCAAGAAUGUGGCUGUAAGCCUGGUCUUUAAUCAUCCCAAAAGGGCACAUGUUAAAACGCUGUUCUUUAACCUCCACCAGCCUCUAUCAAAUACAGGUCACUGAAACCUGCCGUCAAGGUGACUUUGGGGUCCACAGCUGCUUUUUUAAACUCAAUUUAAAGGCUUAUACCCAUUGCUGGGUGUUGCAUUCUUCACAAGAACAUCAGCUGGGCUUGCCCCAUCUUUACACAAGGCGAUCUGAGUCUCCAUGGUUCCCCAAUGGUAGAACUAUCUACCAGGUAGAAGAGCAGGGUCAUCGCUCUCUGUUUUCAAGAAGUCCUUGAGAAUCUUUCUCUACCAAGAGCACCUGCUAUCCUUUCAACUCUAGCUCACUUUCCCUUUAAUCCACAUCUACAUGCUCUUUCAUACUGUACAUACAUUUGCACUAGUUUGGUUUAAUUCUGUAAGUCUGUUGAAACUUCUUUAGCUCUUGUUCUGUUUGUUGUUUCGGUUUUGUUCUCCUUUUUGCUCUUGUCCUGCAGUAUGUUUGUUUGGAAAAAAAUAAAUACAUUCAUAAUUCA